AUGGAGCUCUUCCACCUGUACACGCUAUGUGCCAUCCUCAUCGUCUCUUCCCUUUACCUCCGCUUCUUCUUCGCUGGCAGCCGCCGCAACCUUCCCCCAGGCCCUCGCCCACUGCCUCUCGUCGGCAACCUCCUCGACCUCGGCGCCCACCCACACCGCUCCCUCGCGCGACUCGCGGCGCGCCACGGCCCGCUCAUGGCGCUGCGCCUCGGGGCGGUCACCACGGUCGUCGCAUCCUCCGCGGACGCCGCGCGCGACGUCCUCCAGCGCCACGACGCCGCCUUCUCCACGCGCUGCGUCCCGGACGCCGCCCGGGCGUGCGCGCACGACGAGCACUCCAUGGGCUGGCUCCCGCCGGGGAGCCCCCGGUGGCGCGCCCUGCGCAAGGUGUGCUCCGCGGAGCUCUUCGCGCCGCAACGCCUCGACGCGCACCAGUCCCUCCGCCGCGACAAGGUGCAGCGGCUCGUGUCGCACGUGGCCGGGCUGGCGCGCCAAGGCGCGGCCGUCGACGUCCGCCGUGUGGCCUUCACGACAGCCCUAAACCUGCUCUCCUGCACCAUCUUGUCCGCCGACCUUGCGGACCUUGAUGACCGCGGCGCGUCGGGUGAGUUCAUGGCGGUGAUCGAGGAGUUCCCGGUGGCCGUCGGGGCGCCGAACUUGUCAGACUUCUUCCCGGCAAUCGCGUCGUUGGACCCGCAGCGGCUGAGGGCGCGCCUCGUGAGGGUGUUCAAGAAGUUGCACGCCAUUUUCGACGAGCAGAUUGAGCGGCGUAUGCAGGAGCGCGCCGCCGGGGAUCCACCCAAGAACGACUUCCUGGACCUGUUGCUCGACUACCGCGGCGUGGAGGAUGGCCGGGGCUUCGAUCGGCAAACGCUGCUGUCAUUGCUUUCGGAUUUAUUCACUGCUGGGACUGAUACAAGCGCAUCCACAAUAGAAUGGGCGAUGGCGGAGCUGCUACAGAGUCCCUCGUUGAUGGCGAAGGCUCGUGACGAACUCGCCCAAGCUCUCGGCCCCAAACAAGAGAUCGAGGAAUCCGACGUCGGGCAGCUCAAGUAUCUCCAGGCCAUCGUGAAGGAGACGUUCCGCCUCCACCCUCCAGCGCCAUUGCUGCUGCCCCGCCAAGCCGAAACGACAACGGAGAUCAGAGGCUACACGGUGCCAAAGGGCACGCGCGUCCUGGUGAACGUGUGGGCGAUCGGGCGGGACCGCGAGCUGUGGGCCGAGCCGGAGAAGUUCGUGUGCGGAGAGGUUCCUGGAGAAGAAGGAGAUCGAUUUCCGCGGCAAGGACUUCGAGCUCGUGCCGUUUGGGUCCGGCCGGAGGAUAUGUCCCGGCUGGCUGCUGCUCGCAUGGUGCACCUCAUGCUCUCGACCUUGCUGCACCGGUUUGAGUGGAGGCUUCCGGCGGAUGUGGAGAGGAAUGGAGUGGACAUGUCUGAGACUUUUGGGGUGACGAUGGGGAUGUCUACGCCACUCCAGGCUAUAGCUAAACCAAUUUGA